AUGGCGCAGCCAUUUCCGUUGCACCAACAAGACCUGGAGUCUCUAAGGGAGAUCCGGCGCAAUUUGGACGACCUCCCGGGCUCCGACUUCUUCUCCUCCUGGGAUUCCACGGGAGCAGACCCAUGCUCCUCCUUCGCCGGUGUCGUCUGCCAGCCGGACGUGGGAGGUGGCCUUUACCAGAGGGUCCAGUCCCUCAAUCUGGGCACCGGGCUGGCGGGUUCCCUCGGCCUUACUGGCUCCCUGAGCCCGGCGCUCGGCAACCUCACGGCAUUGCUCCAGCUGGUGGUGUACCCCGGCAAUGUCUCCGGCGACAUCCCCGACUCCAUCUGCAAUUUGCAGUCCCUUCAGUACCUUGAGAUCACGAGCAAUAGCAUCUCCGGCCGCAUUCCGGCAUGCCUGGAAAAUCUACAGAGCCUUCACACCAUAGAUCUCGGAUACAACAAUCUCCACGGGCCGAUUCCAGCGAAUCUGUCGUCGUCUUCCAUGGCACUCAGAGUACUGAUCCUCACGUCGAAUUUCCUUUCCGGCCCGUUGCCGAAUUUCGACGCUCAGUUCUUCCACAUUGACAUCAAGAAAAACCUUUUCACCGGGUUUCUUCCCCGGUUUCCGGCCUCACUCCGGUACCUAUCAGCGUCGCAAAACCGGUUGUCCGGCCCGCUGACGAAUCUCGUCCCCCUUCCCCAAUUGAGCUUCCUAGACAUGAGCAUGAAUGACUUCAAUGGCAGCAUACCAACAGCCUUAUUCAGCUACGACAUAUCGUCUCUGCUCCUGCAGAGGAACAACCUCUCCGGCCAGAUCCCUAGCAUGAGCCAGCGAGCGAACCUCGCCGCCGCCACCGUCGACCUCAGUCACAAUAACCUCACCGGCGAGUUGCCGGUGGGUCUCGCCGGCGUCGAGAACCUGUUCCUGAACAACAACAGGUUCACCGGGCCGGUCCCCGUUGAGUUCGUCAACAAUGUCUACGGUGGGAGCCUGAAGACACUGUAUCUGCAGCACAACUACCUGACGAGCUUCCCGGUGCCGCCGGGCGGCGGCGCCGGGCUGCCGGAAUCGGGCUCGCUUUGCAUAUCCUACAACUGUAUGGAUCCGCCCGUUAGGCCACCCUGCCCCGCAAGCGCCGGGAAGCAGCAGUCGAGGCCGGUUAAUCAAUGCCCGGCAUAUAACGGCUAG